AUAAGGACCUUACAUCGCUCUACAGUGGCUUCGCGGAUCCAGCGGCGGAGAUUAAGUCCCACCAUGCGUUCAUCCGCGACACAAUCAACGUCGCCGCAAAGACCAUACACUCUCUAGGUUUCCCCGCGGCGCGCGUCAAGGUGGAGGAGGGCGAUCCGAGGAAGGUUAUUCCCAAGGUCGCCGAGGCGGAGCGGGUUGAUUUACUCGUUCUCGGAUCACAGGGAAAACGAACUUUACAUUAUAUGCUGGCGGGUGAUGUGGCAUCUCAUUGUGCCAAAAAGUGCAGUUGCGCGGUUAUCACGUACAAAUCCAUUAAUGGAGGUUCAGUGGCGUUCAGUAAAAGAGCAGUGCAGGAGCAGAAGCGCCUAGGGAUCUCGCUUUCUCAGUUCACACGGGAGGCCGAUGAUACUGACAGUGAGGCAGCAGCUUGA